AUGGACGCUAUUAAGAGUCUCUUGUCCCCUUUGGGCAUGAAUACUGGUGCACUGCAGGACACUCUCAAACUAGUCGUAAUUGGAGGAACAGUGGAAACUGCCCGUAGGGCGUCAGUCUCAGCAUGGAACGGGUUUGUCGACUCAUUCUUCCUGACUGCACACUUUAGUCAAGAAGACUACCCGUACGAUUGGUUGAUGCACUGGUUGUCGAAGCAACCUGCAUGGGGUCGCAGCAGAGAGUUCGACAUCACCACCAGGGCCGUCGGCCGUAACAGUCUCGCCCAAUCCACUGCCGGAGACUUGGAGGAGGAUGAGGACGAGGAUGACGGGUUGGUUCAUGGGCGCAGAAAGCGGAAGGUUCAGUUCAUGCCUAGUGUCGACACGACGCAUACCAUUUACUACCGUGGUCAUUGGCUCAGAAUUACUCGUACCAAACGUUACCCGGAUUCUUAUGGGCACGGGGCGUCUCUCAAGAUCAGCGUCGUUGCUCGAAAUAACGAUAUCCUGAAAAAACUCGUUCUCGAAGCCAAACGUGAAUAUGAAAAAGACUCCGAGCAUCGUGUUCACAUUUUCCUCGCCGAUACGAGUUACGCCUGCUGGCGAUUCAACGGCUCUCGCCAGAAGCGACCGAUGAGCUCCAUCGUGCUCCAGCCUGGCGUCAAAGAUAUGCUUCUCGCAGAUUGCAAGGAUUUCCUCAAUUCCGAGGAAUGGUAUGCUGAGCGAGGCAUUCCAUUCCGAAGAGGAUACCUUUUGCAUGGUGUCCCUGGGAGCGGCAAGACAUCUCUGAUCCACUCAUUGGCGGGAGAACUCGGCCUAGAUAUCUAUGUCGUCUCACUUUCGUCGAAGGGGAUGAGCGAUAAUACUUUAACCACUUUAAUGAGCCAUGUACCAUCUAGAUGUAUCCUCCUUUUAGAAGAUUUAGACGCUGCUUUCACCCGUGGGGUCAGCCGUGACUCCACCUCAACUGGAGCACCACCUCCCGCCUCUUCGUCAUCCAGUACAACCUCUACCACUACCACGAAAGAAACUGAAGCCUCUGACGGCUCUACUUUGAGUUUGAGCGGUCUUCUCAACAGUCUUGAUGGAGUUGCAGCUGCUGAAGGACGUCUGCUCUUUGCAACGACCAAUCACAUCGAACGCCUAGAUCCUGCACUUAGCCGCCCAGGUCGAAUGGACGUAUGGAUUAACUUUACCCAUGCGACCAAAUGGCAAGCGGAGGGCAUCUUCAAGUGCUUCUUCCCAUCGAAACCCAGCGGUGCGACUGAAUCAAAGGCUGAGGAAGACUCGAAGGAGAAGGAUGCUUCCCAAAAGAACCUUCCAGGGUCGAAGCGUAAAUCCCACAAGCACGCCAUCCCUCUCUUGUCCGAAGAGGAGAUUUCUGAACUUGCGAAACGUUUCGCCGACGCGAUUCCUGAGAAUGAGCUUAGCGUCGCGAGUCUUCAAGGGUACCUUCUGAAGAACAAGACGCGUCCCCGUGAGUGCGUUGACGAAGUCGCUGCAUGGGUUCAGCAAGAGCGUGAGACUCGCGAAAAGAUCAAGCAGGAGAAAGAGAAAGCUGAGCGGGAGGCUCAAGAGAAGAAGAAGGCCGAAGAGAAAGAGAAGGAGGAGAAGGAGAAGAAGGAGAAAGAAGAGAAGGAGGCCAAAGAGAAACAGGACAGGAAGGGAAAGAAGAAGGCCCGAUCUGAGCCCAAAGUCGAUCCUUCGGUCAGCUCGGACUCUGCUGAUUCCUCCAAGUCUACUUCCAGUUCCGAGGGAGAGACUACCGGCGCUGAUGCUGACACUGAGAGCGUCACGUCUGAAGAGGAAAGCGACAAGGAGAAAGCCACGCCGAGUGAGGACAAGAAGGAUAAAUGGGUGUCCGUCAAGGGACAAUCGACCUCAACCUCAUCCGCCCAGACGGACUCAGAGGCAAACACCUCCGACUCUGCAACUUGA